CGACACACUAAUAGCAGCGAAUAUGCCCUCACAGAUCCUCCUCUCCCUAUCACGGGGAAUCCGCCGUCUCAAUGCCAAUCGCACCGCCUUAUGUACAUAUCCAUAUCUAACCGCGACACCUACACUCCGAACGCGAACGUUGUCAACCCUCCCCAACAUCCCCCUCUUCCGCGCCCUCCAAAACCACGAUCCAAUCUCACAAGCCGUGAUCCAUAGUGCGUCCUCGCGAUCGUUUACAUAUGGGAAUUUACUCGCGGAUGUACUUGCGGCGAAGGAGAAACUACGGAUAAAGAGUGGCAGUGGCUCGUUAGCAGGCGAGAGGGUUGCGUUUUUGGCGGAGAAUAGCUAUGACUACGUAGUAACGCUCCUCUCAAUCCUGGCGCACGAUGCCAUCGCCCUACCCCUCUCACCUGGGUUUCCCGUCGGCGAACUAAAGUAUAUCAUGGAUAACUCCGGCGCGAGCGUAUUACUGGCAACAGAACGCUAUGCGGAUAAAGCACGAGAAGUCCUAGGUGCCGGGCUUAAGAAAGAACCCAUCCUGGAUGUUAGGGAGAAGAUUCUCCAUGGAGGGAGUGUUUCAGAGACGGUAUCGCUGGAGGAGUUUGGGCAGGGGAUGAAGGGGGGGAUGAUGCUUUAUACGUCUGGGACUACGAAUCGGCCGAAAGGGGUCUUGAUACCCCAAUCCGCGCUCACGGCGCAGGCUGAGUCCCUAAUCCAAGCAUGGAAGUAUACCCCCAGCGACAGAUUAUUACACCUACUCCCUCUGCACCACAUCCAUGGCACCAUCAAUGCAAUUGUCACGCCCGUACUCUCCGGCUCCUCAAUCGAAUUCAUGUACCCCUUCAACCCAACAGCUGUCUGGAACCGCCUGGCCGCAUCAUUCCUCCCGAACACAAACACCAACAAAACCAACACCAACACCAGCGCCAACAAAGCCAAGAUAACCUUCCUAACUGCCGUGCCCACAAUCUACACAAAACUCCUCUCCACAUUCCCCUCCCUGCCACCCGAAACCCAAUCCGCGGCCCGCAACGCUAUAUUCCCCGAAGCCCUACGGCUGAAUAUCUCCGGCUCCGCGGCGCUCCCGACACCUAUCAAGCAAGCUUGGAAGGAACUUAGCGGUGGAAAUGUACUACUGGAGCGGUAUGGGAUGACGGAGGUUGGGAUGGCGAUUAGUUGCGGACUUGACUUUGCGGAUCGGGUCGAUGGAAGUGUGGGGUGGGCGUUACCCUCCGUCGAGGCUCGACUGGUCGAUACAGAUACCAAUGAGGUUAUCAAACCAGGUGAAGAAAUCGACCCUAUCACCGGACGUGAACGGGAAGGUGAAAUCCAACUCCGAGGACCGUGUCUGUUCAAAGAAUACUGGGGCAAUGAACCCGCUACUACGGAAGCAUUCGUCGCCGACCACGACAGCCAAGAAAAAGGGAAGUGGUUCAAGACUGGCGAUGUCGCUGCAAGACGGGAGAUCAGUGCCGCUGGAAAGGGUGGCAGUGGGGAGUGGGCGAGCGGUCCUAUGUAUUUCAUUCUGGGACGGCGGAGUGUUGAUAUUAUCAAGACUGGUGGAGAGAAAGUUAGCGCGUUGGAGGUUGAGAGGGAGUUACUUUCUCUCCCCCAAAUAACCGAAACCGCCGUCCUGGCCCUCCCCAGCGAGCAAUGGGGCCAGAAAGUCGCUGCCGUUGUCGUAUUACACCCCAACGCUGAAACAUUGGGGAAGAAAGGCAAAUGGGGCGUAAUGGAUAUGAGGCGUGCGUUGAAGGAUCGGUUGGCGGCGUAUAAGAUUCCGGUGGAGAUGAGGGUUGUGGAUGAGGUUCCGAGAAAUGCGAUGGGGAAGGUUAAUAAGAAGAUGCUUGUGAAGCAAGUUUUUAGUUGA